AUGGCUUUGUUAAGAGCGAAGAAGGAAAUUAAUAAACUGAAGAAGCAAAAAAACGCUUCUCCCAUCAACAUCGUAAAAACUCUUCCAACAGAAUUAUUGGUGGAGAUUGUUGGAAAGGUUGCAUCACAUUCAAUGGCUGAUCUCUGCCGAAUGAAAUUAAGUUGCAAGGAUUUUCUUAAUGCUUCAGAAGAAGGUUACGUUUAUCAACAUGCAUCCAUGGAAAACUUUGCUUUGAUUCCACUUCCAUGGUUCAGGGAUGAAAAAGAAACCUCGUUCUUGAGACGUUGUAGAGAAAAUGAUAAUUUGGAGAUUCUUUAUCGUGAAGGAAUGGUGCAAUAUUUUAGUACUACUUCAAUGGUGAAUUUGGGUUUUGAGAAUUUGAAAAAGGCUGCGUUAGAGGGUCAUCAUGAAGCUAAAUAUGUUUAUUCUAUGCUUUUGAUGGCUAAUUGUGAAGAAAAUGAAGAAGGAAGAAAACUUGGUUUUGAUCUCUUUGGUGAAUUGAAAAAUUCCACAUGCAAUAGUACGGUUGCAAGAUGUAGAAAGAGGGUGAAGUCUUUUAUUAAAAGCAUGUGGGUGAAAAAUCAUGUUGUGGUUCAAAAUCUGUCUUUGUGUUGUUCCGAGACAUGUGGUGGAACAGAGAAGUUGAAGAAACAUUCAACAUGGUGUGAUGAUGAAGUUGAUAAUGAUGAUAUCGGUGUUGCAUGCAAAUAUUGCGAGGGAAAUUAUGAAUUAGGUUUAUUUGCUAACAUAUUCAGCAUCUAA